GAACCUUUGGAGUUUGAUAUGACGAUUGGGGAAUAGCCGGAGUGACACGUCGCAAACUCCCCAUAAUCAAGGAGAGCUAUUCCUGAGCGGUGAUCUCCCAGAUUGCUCAGUGAGCACCCCUAAUUAACCUGAUUUUUUGCUGAUAAUCACUCACAAUGGAAUCAAAUCACAAAUCCGGGGAUGGAUUGACCGGCACACAGAAAGAAGCCGCCCUCCGUGCAUUAAUUCAGCGAACAGGAUAUAAUUUGAUCCAGGAAAAUGGGCAGAGGAAAUACGGUGGCCCACCCCCUGGCUGGGACGGCCCUCCGCCAGAGAGGGGGUGUGAAAUCUUCAUUGGAAAACUGCCUCGAGACCUUUUUGAGGAUGAACUUAUACCCCUGUGUGAAAAAAUUGGCAAAAUCUAUGAAAUGAGAAUGAUGAUGGACUUCAAUGGCAACAAUAGGGGCUAUGCAUUUGUAACCUUCUCGAAUAAACAGGAGGCAAGGAAUGCAAUAAAGCAACUCAAUAAUUAUGAAAUUAGGAAUGGGCGUCUACUCGGAGUCUGUGCCAGUGUGGACAACUGCCGUCUGUUUGUGGGGGGGAUCCCCAAAACGAAGAAAAGAGAGGAAAUCUUAGCAGAGAUGAAGAAAGUGACAGACGGAGUUGUGGAUGUAAUCGUCUACCCCAGUGCGGCUGACAAAACCAAAAACAGGGGUUUUGCUUUUGUGGAAUAUGAAAGCCACCGGGCAGCAGCAAUGGCCAGGCGAAAAUUGCUCCCAGGAAGGAUUCAACUGUGGGGACACCCUAUUGCUGUAGACUGGGCAGAACCAGAAGUGGAGGUGGAUGAAGACACGAUGUCAUCAGUAAAAAUCCUCUAUGUGAGGAACCUCAUGCUCUCUACCACUGAAGAGACCAUAGAAAAGGAGUUCAACAACAUCAAACAAGGUGCAGUAGAGAGAGUAAAGAAAAUCAGAGACUAUGCCUUUGUGCACUUUAACAAAAGAGAAGAUGCGGUCCAUGCUAUGAAAGCCUUGAAUGGGAAGGUGCUGGAUGGGUCCCCCAUUGAGGUUACAUUAGCCAAACCUGUUGACAAGGACAGCUAUGUUCGAUAUACCCGGGGCACAGGUGGCAGAGGAGCUGUGCUGCAGGGAGAAUAUACCUAUGCCUUUGGCCAUGUCUACGACCCCGCUGCCACGUACUUGGGUGCCCCAGUGUUCUAUGCACCCCAAGCCUAUGCAGCCAUACCCAACCUCCACUUCCCAGCCACCAAAGGCCUCAGCAGGAGCAUCAUCCGGCCCCCAUCCAUCAGAGAAAUUUACAUGAAUGUACCUGUAGGGGCUGCGGGAGUUAGAGGACUGGGAGGUCGCGGCUAUCUGGUGUACACGGGCCUGGGGCGUGGAUACCAGCUCAAAGGAGAAAAGAGGGGAGAGGAUAAACUCUACGACCUCUUACCAGGAAUGGAGCUCACGCCGAUGAACCACGUCACACUAAAGCCUCAAGGCAUCAAACUUGCUCCUCAGAUCUUGGAAGAAAUCUGCCAGAAAAAUAAUUGGGGACAGCCUGUUUACCAGCUCCACUCUGCAAUUGGCCAAGACCAGAGACAGCUUUUCCUGUACAAAAUCACCAUCCCUGCCCUUGCCAGCCAGAACCCCACCAUCCAUCCCUUCACACCUCCCAAGCUCAGCGCCUAUAUCGAUGAAGCCAAAACCUACGCUGCAGAGUACACCCUGCAGACACUGGGGAUUCCCACUGAAGGAGCAGAGGUACCUCCUGCAGCACCAGCUUUUCCAGGGUACACCAUCGCUAACGCUGCCACAACAGUCACAGCCACUCAGCUCAAACAGGGGGUGACGAUGGGACAGGAUCUGGCCACAUAUGCAGCAUAUGAAGCCUACCCUGCCUUUGCAGUUGCUGCACGCAAUGAUGGCUAUGGAGCAUUUUAGCCCCGUCUUUGUGAGUUUCCUUAAAUCAGACGUGGGUAGGAAAAUUCUCAGUCUGGUAAUUCUUACACCCUCAUGAUUUUCAUCUAAUCUGUAGCCCGAAGUUAAUUUUUAGUCAGAGUUUCCUUCUGUUAGUUCUUUAGUUUCAUAGUAGGACAUUAAGGGAAAAGGAGAAUUAAAAGAAAUUACUCAAAAUCAGAUUUCACAUUAGAAAGCAAAAUCUCAGUCCAGGAAGCCAGUGGUUCUCAGGUGUGCAUAUGUAUAUGUGUAUGUACGCAUAUGAAUAUAAACACAAUUGUGUGUGUGUUUACAAGCCACAAACCAUGCUGAAAUCAGCCUUUCCCCUGGAGGUUUUGAUGUGGGACCAGGGAAGGAGAGGGCGUCCCAGCAAUCCCCAGUACACAGCAAGACUAUUCUCUGUUCACCCCAAAUCAUCAGCCAGGCAUACCCCAGAAUUUCUCCAACUAGGCAGAAAACAACCAAAGGAAAGAGCCAAGACUUACAAGCUUCUUUGCACUCUCCUUAAUGUCAAUCUGAUUUUAAGCGAGAGAAAAGCAUUAGGAAGAGUUUUGUCUCUGGCUUUGCUACUUCCCAGCUGUACCUACAAUCAAAACACCACAAAUAAGGGCUUCCCCCACCUCCUAUCCAGCGACAUACUCAGUGAAAAACAGGAACACUUCAACUAUUAUGGCCGAGGACCAGAGAAGUGUUAUUUAUUCAGGCCAGAUCCCUACUUAAUUAGGCCAUGAGAGCACAGCCAUUGCCUGGUAAUAAGAGGCAUCGCUACAUAAAUAAAAUGAAAUACAAGCAGCUUUUCCAACAGAGUAGAAAUAGCCCUGUCUGGCUGAUAACAUUGCUUUAUGCGUUAAAGCAAAGUCACUGUGAUUCUUGCAAAAGUUAAUUCAGCUGAAUGGGCUUCACUGGGGCAGCUCAUGUCUGUCAGCAGUGCACUUUGUGUUCCGCUAAGUGGUGUGUCCAUAUGCCUCGGGGAUGCUGAGAGUUCUCUCUGGUUUAUGGCAGGAGGGAACUAUCCUUUGUUUUAGCCAUAGGAAGAAGGAAUAACGAUGCCUUAUGAUACAGGAUAAAGCUGCUGUUAGAUACCAUCCCUAAAGCUGUACCAGCUAUGAUGGUCUGGGGCAAGGUGCUGAUGAGCAGGCUCCAAGCGUUUUGCAUUCUCAUACUUGGGCUGAUUUGAUUUUGCUUAGGAAUGGAACAAAGCUAUAUAAACUGUAUAGUUUGCGGCACUAUGAGACUAUUUCUAUUUAUAAAGUAGCUCAUUAGGGUGGUCCAAAAGGUAUUACAGCCCUCUGUGGUUACUGUUCAACACACUUUGAUUUGCAGACAAUGACAAUCCCGUUCACAGAGGCUGAAAUAACCAAGAGUGUUACUAGUACCGUGGCUUUACUUUCUCUUCUGCCUACUUUGUGUUUGAGAAAACUGCCAAGGAAUAAUAUAUACACGUGUGUCUCUAAGAAAAAAUAAUACUAAGAUUGGCAGAAAACAUUUCUUGCUUUUCAUGUUCAGUAACUUCUGUCUGCUUUUUCAGUUAUUUAUAUAAGUUCAGAAAGAUGUCAAAGGAAAGGACAAGAAACAGUAUUAAAGCGUGUGCAUGAAGCACUUAUUUUUGUACACUUAGUACAAUGUUUGUAUAGAGUUUUAACACUAUGAAGUGUAGAAAAAUCACAUCAUCCAUUUACUGGAGGAAAAUCAUGUAUGUUUAUAGAGAAUGAAGUGGCAAUAGCAUCUCGAUCAUCCAUUAUGAGAAAAUGAUAACUGGGAUUAAAUUCUGUGAAGCAAAUCUGUAAUUCUGGAGUAAUCAAAGGGUAUUAACUGGACUUUGAAAUCUCAUUAAAACUUUUAAAACCACUA